CUUCCUCUGCCUCUCUCUGCCCAUCUAUCUCUGUACUGCUCUAUCUUCCUCCUCAGCAUCCCCCCCUCUCAGAGAUGGCGUGUGUCGAGGCUGCUCAGGCGUCUGGGGCCUAGUGCACUCAGGGAGGAUCCCUCCUCCUUUCCCCUUAUUUGGAGCAUAUUCCCUUGGUCUCUCUUCUUCCUGUGUCCUCCACGGCUCCUGCAGCCUUCAUUGUGCCUCUCUGUGCUGCGGGUACCUGUGAGCCCGGCCCUUUGGGGUGAAAGAAAUCAACAUCGUGUUUCACAGAGGAGCUGUGAACAAUUAGCCAUGCCCAGCCCAGGCUUCUUUUGACCACCUAGAUCCUUCUUCUUCUGUCCACGUGUGCACCCAGAGGGCAACGUAGGAUGAAAAUCUGCAACUAUGAUGCAAGCUAGUGAGUCCAUUGAUGUGAUCGGUCAUGCUGUGUGGAGCAAAUGAGGACUGAAAAAACGAACCAGGAAAGCUCUGGGCUUACGGAAGAAAGACAAGGACACAGAUGCAACAAAAAGGCCAAUGGAGCUCCUAAUGGUUUCUACGGGGAGAUUGACUGGGACAGAUAUGCCUCACCUGACGUUGAUGAGGAGGGCUUCAGCCUGCGACCGGGUGAGGGAGAUGAUGCAGCUUGCAAAGAACAGCACUUCUUCUCCUCCAGCGACUCAGACAAUGACGAGGACAGCAAGAAAAAGUUCAAAAUCCGGAUCAAACCGCUGGUGGCGGACAGCGGCCGGUGUGUCCCUCCAUCAAUGGAUGAGCUGAAAGCCUCUGUGGGAGGUCUGGCACUCUCUCCUUCUCUGAGGAGAAGUCCGAGACGCAGUCCGGGGAUGAUAAAAAGAAACCUGUCAUGUGAAGAGAUUGCCAGACCCCGACGCUCCACCCCAACAACAAGCUAUGCAUCUGAGAUGCCAAGCGCCACUGUGCCACAGAACGUUCCCGCUUUGUUCAGGAUUCCUUCAGACAGCAGAUAUGCUAGAUAUGAUGUAAUCCGUAGCGAUGCAUGGGGAGAACCCAGACCAUGUUCAGAAUCCCAGUUGAGCCGAAGUUUUCCAACAGGAGCUCCUCCACCACUUCCCCCAAAAAACUUUCCAUACAGAAGCCGUUAUGGCUAUCCUUCAGACUUGGCAGCUGAUCUACCCAAUGGCAGGGCAGCCCGCAGCUCUGCCCCCAUCUACCUGAACGUUCUUUCCCCUGCUGCUUACCGGGGGUCCCCGGCCCCUGAUCUGGAUGACGUGUUUGGCCCUGCUGACAGUCCAAGAGCAAGGGAGGAAGCAGCAUCUCCCAGAUGGGUCACUUUCACAGAUGAUAGACCGCCACCUCCUGAUGAACCGGCUCCCCCACCGCCGCCAGACUCUCCUCCUCCAGACACGCCCUCCUCAACCCCUUCUACACCUGGCCUCUCUCCUGGACCGCCACCAAAUGAGCCUCCACCUUCUCCUCCACAGUUUUCCCCAGGCUCUCCUCCUCCUUUCACACCAAUAGACUCUCCCCCAUCCAUUGUGCUAGGACCUCCGCCUCCAGAUGAGCCAGCUCCCCCCUUGCCUCCUGACUUCUCUCCUGCUGAUUCUCCCACUGCAUUCCCUGAGGAGGAGGGAGUUGAUGAGGAGGUUCUGCAGUUUGCAGGGUACGCCUGCUCCCCUGCUCCCAUCAGCCCUGUGCCUCCUCUGCCAGCAGAGCGAAGGUCCCCUCGGACAGGAGUCACAUCUCCUUUAGUUUAUGGGAAUCUGGGAGGAAAGAGGACUCCGGAGGGAGCAUACCAGAGAUAUGAUGUACCAGAUGUGACAGUCUCUCCCAGAGAGCUGACACCCAGCUUCAGGGGAACACCUCCUCCUCUUCCUCCCACUGCAUACAGGUCCAUCAUGUCUUCCCCUGGGCCCUAUCCUGGCAGCAGCCCCUCGUCUCCAGCUCGUCCUAUUACGCCUCAGUCUCGAGGGAGCCCGGUGCCUCCUCCUCCUCCUCCUCGUCCAUCCUCACGACCAAAGCUGCCCCCGGGGAAACCAAUCACAGACCUGAGUCGACCAUUCAGCCCACCGGUGUCAGGGAGCCCUCCGCCUUUUGCCCCACUGGCCCGCGCUGAGAGCUCCUCCUCCCUUUCCUCCAUCACCUCACAUAGUGCGGCGUCCACUCCAACCUUAGGACGAGACCUCAGCAUGCCCACCACAGAGGCGUCACAGCCUCUGGUUUGGUUUGACCAUGGCAGGUUUUAUUUAGCUUUUGAAGGGUGCUCCAGAGGACCCAGCCCACUCACCAUGGGACCCCAGGACACUCUGCCAGUUGCUGCUGCUUUCACAGAAACUAUAAAUGCUUAUUUCAAAGGUGCUGACCCCAGCAAAUGUGCGGUGAAGAUCACAGGGGAGAUGGUCCUCUCCUUCCCUGCUGGAAUAACCAGGCAUUUUGCUUGUCACCCAACUCAACCUAUCCUCACUUUUAUCAUCAGCAACUACAACAGACUAGAGCAAGUCCUUCCCAAUCCACAACUGCUGUGCUGUGAUACCUCAACAGAUGGUGUAGAUACCAAGGAGUUCUGGGUAAACAUGCCAAACCUGAUGACCCAUCUUAAGAAAGUGGCAGAACAGAAGCCUCAGGCAACAUACUACAAUGUGGAUAUGAUCAAAUAUCAAGUGUCAGCAGAGGGGAUUCAGUCUACCCCUCUGAACCUGGCUGUGAGUUGGCGAGGUGAUUCCAUCAACACAGAUCUUCGAAUAGAUUACAAAUACAACGCUGAGGCCAUGGCCACUCCGGUGCCGUUACACAACAUACAUUUUGUGGUUCCUGUGGAUGGAGGCAUAGCCAGGCUGCACACCAUGACCCCCCCUGCUACAUGGAAUCUAGAGCAGCAAGCGAUUCAGUGGAAAAUCCAAAGCCUGUCUCAAAGAUCUGAAAAUGGAGGAGUAGGGGCUCUACUGUGCCGGUUCCAAAUGGAAGAAGGUCCCUGUAAACCCUCCCAGCUGGCGGUCCAGUUCACCAGUGAGGGAAGCACGCUGUCAGGCUGUGACAUCCAGCUUGUUGGGACGGGCUACCGGCUGUCUUUGGUAAAGAAGAGAUUUGCUGCAGGAAAAUAUUUGGCAGAUAAUUAGUGGACUUGUUGAUGAAGAGAACCAAGGAAAUUACUGGCUUUUGACUGUGAAGACCAUGGAUCCAUCCCAUGUUUAGUGCACUUGACAAAUUCUGUUUAGCAAACCAUCAGAGUGAACAGUUGAGGUCCACUAGAAGAACAGAGUUCAUGCAAGUAAAUGCAAGUCAUCAUGUGUGCGCCUGGAGCUCAUAUGAGCUGAAAUGGAGUGAAAGAUAAGAAACCUUCAAGUCUUUGUUGUUAACUGUAAAAAUAAUUGUCAUACAGUGAUCCAGCCUUAUUUAUUUGUUUAUUUAUUGUACCACUUGUUAUUACUGUAAAUGCACUGCAAGAGAUAAUGUGAGUUGAUCAUAUAAAAUCAAGAACAAUCUCAAAGGUGGAAUGCUAAGGUGGAAAAUUGUGAAAAAUGGGGUGUACCUGUAAGACCUGAUUUACACUGCCGCUUCACAUCAGACCUUCAGUGUGAGUGUCCUUAUUGUCAUCCAAGCAGAACUUUUCUUCCAUUUUAACAGCUUUGAAAUGAAAAUGUCAGAACCAAUCAGUUCUGCGAUAAAGAAACAAGGUUGGUUUCUUUAUUGCAGAACUUGACAAUUGUCAAUAAUUUGUAUUUUGAGGUGAUUGAAUUGAGGGUUUUUUGAUAAUGAUAUCGAAAUCAAUUUCGUCCACCACAUGACAUGUUCAGGGUCUUGCAAAAAUAUUCCCUUGCAAUUUCUUCAGUUUUUUGUUGUUAAAAUCAAACUUCAAUGCAUUUUAUUGAUGUAACAAUACAACACAAAGUAGCGACUAAUUGGGAAUUUGAAGUAAAUGGAUCCAUGGCUUUAAAUUAAAGUAAAAAAAAAAAAACAAUCUGAAAAGUGUUGUUGCAACUCUUUCGAGAUAUGUCUCAACCAGCUUUGCACAUCUAGAUACUCAAAUAUUUGCACAUUCCUCUUUGUUAAAUAAUCAACCGCACCCAGAUUUAAUUGGACAUCCUAAAAUAUGAAUAGACUUUGAUGUAGACAUCUGUACGUCUGGCUGUAUGUUUAGGGUCGCUGUCAGGUUUUCUUCCACAAUCGCUCUGGAUUAAUCAUAGUCAACAGAUUCCUUCACUUGAGCCGUGGGUCUCUGCAGCUUCCACUUCCCAAGCAUGCUGUGCCUUGUGUAGAUCUAUCCCACAAAAU